GGCGAACCCUCACAAUUAGGGGGAAGGGUCUGGGUUCAGAUGUGGGCGUGACGGCUUUGGGCCGCAAUGACAUGGUCCGAUGCAGCGAGACAUUGAGUCGGACGGGGCGUUGGCUUGUAUGUAGAUAGGAUUUGGCCUCGAAGGAGAGGGGGUUGACAAGAGGUAAAUGCAGUCCAGACUACCUCUGGCCACGGCCAAGAAGGACGAAAAAAAGUCUAUCUAUCUUGCUGCUACGAAUUACAUCCUGGCCCAGUUUAUGCGCAGGGCAACACCGUCGAAAGAUUGGGCCCAUGUGACGAAGCUUAUUUCCUUCUGCCCGUUGCCUGACCGUGUGCUGUGGCCCGUCCGAUCCCUUCGGCUGGGCGAAGUUGAUGCCCACGUUAGAGAAGGGGGUUGGCCCGGAAGCGCGUCUGCUGGUGGAAUUGGGGGAUCUCUGGGGUGA